AUGCGUGGCUUCAUGGGCUAUAACAUGUGCUCGCAACAAGCUCUCAUCACUAGCAUGACUAGGACCACUAACUUCGUGGUCAAGACUUAUCAGUUCCCAGGACAGCACAUCCGCGAGUACGCUGGCGCUACUCGAAGUGGCAAGGAUGACACGCUAUAUCUGGAAGCGAAGCAAUACAUUCCACGCAACAACCCCGAACCAGAAGCCGGCGAUGUCACCGUCCUAGCUUUGCAGGCCAUUGGCUUUCCAAAAGAACUUUACGAACCGCUUUUCGACCAUCUGCUCGAAUCAUCAGCGCAGCACGGCUGGAGAAUUCGCAGUAUCUGGAUCGCGGAUGCCAGCGUGCAAGGAGCAUCGGGUUUGCUGAACGAACACACCCAAGGCGAUGAGCCGAGCUCGUUCGAUUGUGCUCGUGACAUGUUACACAUGAUCAAUGUCUUCCGUGAGCACUUUGUGCAGCCGAUCGUCGCUAUAGGUCAUUCGAUGGGAGCCACAACUCUGAUUCAGCUUUCGACUAUGCAUCCGCGACUCCUGGCGAAUCUGGUAUUGUUCGACCCCAUAAUCGGCUUCGCUGGUCCGGAGUUCUCGGGUAUGUUCUACCACAACUCUAUCCGAGACGAUGUCUGGUCUUCCCACGAAGCUGCUGAAGACCAUUUCCGUAAAGCUUGGAGGAAAUGGGACCCCCAAGUCGUGGACUUGUGGAUGAAGUAUGGCCUGCGCGACACACCAACGGCAAUGCAUCCUAAGCCGAACAAAGUCACACUCACCACAAGUAAGGCACAAGAAGGCUGGCUCUACUCGAGACCGGCAUUCGGCCUAGAUCUCGAGGGGAAUGCCACGAUUGCGACCGGAUCUUCCUUGCAGCGAGCAAAGUAUCCAGACAUGAAUGACACAAUCUCGACUAUGCAUCCUUUCUAUCGGCCAGAAGACGGUCCGGUGUGGGCGAACCUUGUCUACGUCAGGCCCAGUGUGCUAUACGUCUUCCCAUCCAAGGGGCCAGGCAGUAGGGUGACUCAAGAGAAAGUCGAGCGGACCGGGUCUGGCAUAGGCGGAAGUGGGGGUGUGCGGGCAGGUCGUGUGGCUCAGGAGACCGUGGAUGGUGUAGGCCAUCAUCUCCUGUUCGAGAAGCCGCAGAAGUGCGCCACGAUCGCUUCGUCCUGGAUUGGCCGAGAUCUGGAGAAGUGGAGCGAGUGUAGGCGGCAUGCGCAGGAGCAUGCGGAUGACAAGAGUGUCAACAAGCUUGCAUUGAGUGAAGUGUGGAAGCGUAGGGCACGGGAGGUGUACCUCAGGUCUAAGGCCGGCCGGCAAGCUAAGUUGUGA